AUGCCCAACACGGAAGAAGACGCCACAAGACCCUACAAGCGCCAGCGUUUGAACAUGGAUGGAGGUGGUGCAGGGGACACAGAUCAGCCGGCCGGUUCGAGUGCCGUCGAUGCAGCACGCACUGAGCCGGAGCUGAGCGAGCGUCUGCGCAAGGUAAUGCUGUGCACUGUCUGCCUGGAGCUGCCCCAUCCGGACGAUAGCUAUCAGUGCACCUUGGGGCACAUCGUGUGCGAAGAUUGCGUGACUCGUCUGCUGGCCGAGGCGGCGCUGAACAGUCGCGAUGCCCAGUGCCCGCACUGUCGCACCCACAUCAGCUGGCAGGAACUGACAAAGAACCUGGCCGUGGGCCAGACGCUCUGGGAGCUGCCGAAAAACUGCUCCGACUGCGAGCAGCAAAUAGAAUACAAGAGCCUGGCCAAGCACCUGAAAACGGAGUGUACUAAGCGCUUGGUGCACUGCAAAUAUCGCUGUCUGGGCUGCAUCUGGCAGGGCUGUCAGGAGGACAGCGCCCAACAUGAGGCCAGCUGCAGCAAUCUGCAAAUGUCUAGCGAUGAGAUUCUGACCGCACUAAGCACCAUAGACCAGCUGGAGCAGAUGGCUGUCCAGCCGCUGCGACAGUGCCAUCGGCAGCUAAGUGCCCAGAGGAUUUCGUAUGAGGAUCUGGAUUUGCGCUGGCCGCAGCACACAUCUCGCCUGAACGCCGAGCUUCGCUUUCAGUCUGCCACCAUUUUUGUGUUCGAGGAGUCGUGGCGCUUGCGUGUCAAGCUGGUGCUCGGCGCCACUGAGCUGCGGCUUAGCUAUAGUCUAAAGAUCCUGUCGUCACCGCGUGAGAUAUUGCUGGUGAAAUACUUUGCCACCUUGCCGGCCAUACAUGUGCGGGCCAAGCAGCUAAUGGAUGUGGAGCCGCAGCUAAAUCAGGCAUACUUCAACAUGCCCGGCCAGAGUUCCGACUUCAAACUGCUGCCCAUGAGCUGCCCUAUAGCCACUUACCGUCUGCUGGCCAUGCCGCGGAUCAAGCUGCGACUCUGGAUGAUGUUGAACUAA